ACUCCAAGGGGGAGAGCAGAGGCAGAUCAACCACCAGACUCCCAGGGGCAGAGCCGCUCUCAUCCUCCCCAGCGUGGGUGGCCAUGGCCAGACUCCCUGUCGCCGCGUGCAUCGUCGCCCUUCACCUUUGCCUUCUCCUCUUGCCGUCUUCCUCACUCCGUCGGCUUUCCGAAGCAGAGAGCUCGCUAGUCCAGCAUGGCGGGGGCAGCAGGCCAGCCUACCACUUCCUGCCCGCCAAGAACUGGCAGAAUGACCCGAAUGGGCCGAUGUACCACAACGGCGUGUACCACCUCUUCUAUCAGUACAACCCGCUGGGCGCGACGUGGGGCUCCGGCAACCUCUCAUGGGGUCACUCCGUCUCCCGAGACCUUGUCAACUGGGCUGCCCUCAACACCGCGCUGGACCCCACCGCCCCCUUUGACAAUAAUGGUUGCUGGUCAGGCUCCGCCACAAUCCUCCCUGGCGGCAUCCCGGCCUUGAUGUACACCGGCCGCAUCGACGCCGGCAAGGAGGCGCAGGUGCAGAACGUCGCCUUCCCCAAGAACCUUGCCGACCCGCUUCUCCGCGAGUGGGUCAAGCCCGCAUACAACCCUGUGAUAUCACUCCCAGCCGACGUCCCCGGAGACAGGUUCCGUGACCCAACCACGGCAUGGGUGGGCCACGACAGCUUGUGGCGUAUCGCCGUUGCGGCCAAGGUCGGCGGCCCUAGUGGCAUUGCCUCCACGCUCAUCUACCGGAGUAAGGACUUUCGACACUGGAAGCGGAACACCUUGCCAUUGUACACAUCGCGUGCUGCCGGCAUGGUCGAGUGCCCGGACCUAUUCCCGGUGGCGGAGCCUGGCGUGGAGGAGGGGCGCCUCGGCUACACGCCUGGAAUGGCGAGUGGUGUUGUGAGGCAUGUGCUGAAGCUGAGCGUGAUGAACACGACCGAGGACUACUACAUGGUUGGGAGUUACGAUGAUGCGGCCGACACCUUCGUGCCCGAGCUGGACAACGAGCGCAGCCUCGACGACUGCCGCACCUGGCGCCGCUUUGACUACGGCCAUGUGUAUGCGUCAAAGUCAUUCUUUGACGUGCGCAAGAACAGACGUGUGCUAUGGGCAUGGGCCACUGAGUCGGACAACAUGGACGACGACAUCGCCAAGGGCUGGUCCGGCGUUCAGACGGUUCCGAGGAAGGUGUGGUUGGACGGAGACGGUAAACAGCUACGGCAGUGGCCCAUCGAGGAGAUCGAGACGUUGAGGAGUAAACAAGUCGUCGGCUUGCUUGGAGCGCAGGUGAAUGCCGGUGGCGUGAACAAGAUCUUUGGCGCGGGUGCGCAGGUUGAUGUAGAGGCCAUCUUUGAGAUCCCAUACCUAGAAGACGCUGAGACUUUGGAGCCCAACUGGCAGUUGGACCCGCAGAAGCUAUGCGAGGAGAAGAGUGCGUCCGUGUCGGGUGGGGUCGGCCCGUUCGGGCUACUCGUCAUGGCAUCCGGCGACCUGCAGGAGCACACCGCUGUCUUCUUUAGAGUGUUUAGACACAACCAGAACUAUAAAGUUCUCAUGUGCACCGACCUCACACGAUCGAAUGGGAGGGACAAGAUCUACAAGCCGCCGUAUGGAGGGUUUGUGGACAUAGACAUCGAGCAACACCGGAAGAGCAUAUCUCUUAGAACUUUGAUUGACCAUUCGGUGGUGGAGAGCUUUGGAGGAGGGGGGCGGACGUGCAUCACGGCCCGGGUGUACCCUGAGCAUGCGGAGAACAACAAUAGCCAUGUGUUCGUGUUCAAUAAUGGGACCGGCGUCGUGAAGGUGUCUAGGCUCGAGGCAUGGAGGAUGGCAAGGGCUACCGUAAAUGUUGUACAUGGCAGGUGAUUCCCUUAAGUGUAAAGUUAAAACCGACUCAGUCCGAAGAGAAACUACGCGCCAGUUUAUUAUGUAGAAGUGAGGCCCGAAUGAUGAUCGACUAGACCACCACCUCAUGGUGCGAGGCUGUAAGACCCAUGGCAUUCUCCCUGAAAAGUAAUGGGUUAUUGUAGCAUUUUCGAUGUGAAAAUAAUCAGUGUCAAACAGUUGG